AACUAAAUAGAAAACUUUUUUUUCUCCUCUUUCCACCCUCUAUUCCUCUUAACCUAAAUAUAUUGAAAAACCGUUCCUUGUUAACAAAACCGAUCCAAUCCAGUAAUCAUGGAUUGGAUUGGAUCGGAUCCAUACAAAAUCCUAUCCCAUCUUGCUAGUAGAGAAGAAGCUGAGGAUGAAGGGCACAUCAUGCCUACUUGCAAAUCUGCUCAUCAAGUGAGCAUGAAAUGCUUCAAUUGGUGGGGAUACGUGGCUGUACUUCCAAAUGUAGUUCAAGAGACAAGGACAGGUGGCUUUGUGAGGUUCUUUAAUGCAAAGAUAAGGACAGUGUGGGUCUCGUUAUUAUUGUCAUCUCAUGGUCACUUUGAAUUGCAUGGAACAAUCUAAGUUUCAGAGCAACAAUGGCAUCAAUGAAAAGCACGUUUUAAGUCGUUCAAAUUAGAAUAUUUUUGUGGUUAAAGAAAGGCAAAGGGAUGUACAUUUUCUCUACAUGAUGGGUAAUACCUUAAAAGUGUAAUAAUGCAAUGGGCUAAUACAGGGUGUUGCAAUGUUCAAAUGUAGCUCUUAAGGCACAAUGUCACGCCCAAAAACCGGAAGCAAAACAGACACUGUACACUUGUGAGAAGAUCCCACAAAUGCACAAGGCUCGAAAGUUACUAAAUUCAUAACCAAAAAUCCACUAAAUUAAUUUAUAAAAUCUCAAAAUAAAAUCUAACUUGCAAAAGCAUGAUCUAUAUCUAAAAAUCUAUAUCCAAUUACAAGUGGCUAGCCUUCUAGCUCAUCACUCCCCUUAGUUUCCCGUGUCUCAAGUCUCACUAGCUGAAAUGGUGGACAAGGAAAAAGCUAUGUGAGACAACUUAGUAAAUAAAAAUAUAAAUAACCCUCACUAAAAUUU